CUAGUAUAUAGGUAUUCUUUCAGUGUUUUCCAACUUUUUACGCUCAAUUUUAUAAUAAACUGAUUAAAAACACAAAUUAAUAAUAAGUGUUUUUUUCAAUAAUACUGUAAUAAUUGUGUUGUUGAAAUAGUUUCUUUAUUUUGCUAUAACAUAAUAAUAUGAAUACACCAAGAUAUUGUAGAACAUGUUUCGCUAAGAAAGCAGAAAAAAAUAUUACGGAUCUUUUAUUGAAGGGAUGCAACAGCACAUGGUCAGAAAUAAUAUUAUUCUGCCUAGAUAUACAGGUUGAAGAAAAUGAUGAAUAUAGUACAAUGUUAUGUCUGAAAUGUUACAAGAAAAUUAUAUUGUUUUACAAGUUUAAGUUACAAGUACAAAAGAAUGAUUCUUUAUUAAAGAAUAAAAAAACUGAAUCAAAAGUUAAACAUGAAAUAUUUCUGUCAGAUGUUAUCAAAGAGGAGGAUGAUGUAGAAAAUGCAGAUUUUAAUUACUGUGAUAGUUUGAUAGAAGAUACUUCUUUCCGUGCUGAAAUAAAACAGGAAUUGAAAGAGAAUAACCUAGUAGAUUGCCAGUCAGAUGAUGAACUAUUAAGUGUUAUACAAAAAAUCAAGUAUGAAUUUGUUACAGAUGAAAAUUUAGAUGAGGCUAAAGAAAAUGAACCAAUUAAAAAUGAGAAGAAAGAAAAGAAACUAUCUUAUGGAAAACAGACAACACAUCAAGUUUGUGAACAGUGUGGAAAAACAGUUCGCAACUUAAAAGAACAUAUCAUGUUACACCGGCCAGCCCAUACCAGGACAAGGGUGCCUUGUAAAUUGUGCGACAAAACAUUUGCCUCGCACAGUGCAAGAUAUAGGCACACCAAAGUGAAACACUUGGGUAUUAAGAUACCCUGCCACUUAUGUGACAAAGUGGUAGUGAACAUCAAGCAGCACAUGAUGGUAGUGCACGAAUCAUCGCAGUUACAACACGAGUGCGUGUCUUGCGGACGCCGGUUCAUAUCACAGUCCGCGUUGGAAGCGCACGCCUCUGUUCACACCAGUGAUAGGCCAUACGCCUGCGAACAUUGCGACAAAAGGUUCCGCACCAAGAUCAUGGCGUUGCAACACAAACGACAAGUGCAUGAUAAAGAGAAAUCGCACAUGUGCCAGUAUUGUUCAAAAAGUUUUUUCAAGAAAUAUCAUUUGCAAAUACAUUUAAGGAGUCACACCAAAGAGAAGCCGUACGAGUGUCCGGACUGCGGCAAGUUCUUCUCAUCGGUGACGGUGCUCAAGAACCACCGCAUGCUGCACAAGGACACCAAGUCUUACAAUUGUUCACUGUGUGACAUGACCUUCGCGAGACCAGGGUAAUUUUAAUAAUAAAUAAAUAAAUAUUUCCAACACUCACACCAAUUAGCCUAGCCCCAAAGCACUGCAAGGCUUGUGUUAUGGGAUGCUAGGGUGACGGAUAGAAUACAUAUACUGUACAUAUAUAAGUAUAUUUAUAUAGAAAUAAAUAUUAAACAUCCAUGACUGGAGUAGAAAUAAUAUUUAUUUGUUUCCAUCACACAAUGUUAUAUACAGUCAACAAUAGUAACGCAUAAUAGAUUUAGAGCUUCGAUUAAAACACAAAGGGAAUACCUUCCCGGCACUCGCGACUCAAAAGUGUAGCUCUGUGCAUGAAAACAAUUCGCUUUAGUCACAAUUGGACAUCCAAACACGCUGCAUGUGCACUUCAUUUAACAAUAUUGGUGAUAUUCUGCUUUAUUGCUAAAAAAACGCAGUCGAUUGCCAAGCGACGCGGAUUUGCCGUUUCGCUCGGGCUGCGUUGAAGCGUACAGUACCUCUAGCACGAACCAUUAAUCGAAUUCGAAUAGUUUGCAAACCGAAAUGUCAAUGUCAAAUUUUGUAUGGAAACUUGAACAGCAGCGGCACAAAAUACGUAACGAGAACUAAUAAUCAGUACACAUUUGACAAUUACAUUUCGGACUCGCAAACGAUACGAAUUUGAUAUUGGUUCGUGCUAAGGGUACAGUUGUCUCGCUCACUCGAUUGAAUGUUUAUUUAUAGCAGUGUGCGUGUGUGAGAGUUGCUUAUGCAGUUGAGUCGGGUCAUAUUUUAUUUGAUGCUAGUAUGAGCGUACCGUAUCUUCCCUUUUUGUUUUAAUCUAAGAUUUUCAGUAACAUUGCGGGAAGCAGGCAUCCUUGCUAAGUAAGACCUUUAAUUACGGACAGAGACAGGUAAGAUCUGUACCCGUAACACGCAACUAAGGCCAAAUAACACACUGUACCUUAGCACGAACCAAUAUCGAAUUCGAAUAGUUUGCGAGUCCGAAAUGCCAUUGUCAAAUGUGUUCUGAUUUUUAAUUCUCGUUACGUACUUUGUGGCGCUGCUGUUCAAGUUUCCAUACAAAAUUUGACAUUGACAUUUUGCACUCGCAAACUUCGCUAUAAUAUAAUAUAUAGAAUUCGAUAAUGGUUCGUGCUAGGGGUACUGUAUUAUACUUGUUACAUUCAACAGGCCCGAUUCGAAAUAUAUAUGGUAGAGGUGCCCUGCUGUUUACUUGCAUUAAUUUGAGGAGAAAAAAAUCCUUAAAAGAUACGCAUGCUGCCGCAGAACAGUCGGGACCCAUUAGAUAUUCAAGAAUACAUAAUAUUUUUCAACAGUGGGUCCCGACUGCUAAAGUAGCUUUGUUCCUUAUUAACAGAAUUAUAGACUACUGGACUUGUUUUUUUCUUUUCAGUUUUUAUUUGAAGUAUAAUUAAGCAGUCGGGUUUUUUGAUUUUUUAAAUUUACCUUUUUUAUUUCACACUUUUUAGUUAGUUAGUAUUUUAAGACGGUAUAUACCGUAGUCUUGUUACUUCAGUAAGGGAAUUAAUAUCGCGGGAAUUAUUAAGUACCUUGCGUCGGUCUAAAAGAUUGAUUUAUUAAGACAUAUAGAGACUUUACCAGCGGGGUCAAGGCUACAGAUAGGCUCAAUUUUCGCAAAAAUGUGUGAAGUUAAAUCAAGUCAUUACAUAAAUAUCUCUAAUGUAUGUAAAUUUUAUAGUAAACUAGAACUUACUCAAAAAGUCAUCUUUUGUUUAUGUUUUUUUUAAUAGUUUAGCAGUAAAUAUAAAAUUCAUUUACUUUUAUUCGUCGACUAUUUAAAAUUGGCAGUGGCUGCAUUGUCAUGUCAAUGCCGGACGUCUAUGAUUGUGAUAUACACAAUGCAGUGUCAGUCCCUAGUCUCAUAAUUUGAUAUACCUACAUAAUUCACAGAAACCCAAUAUGUAGAUGCCAGAAGUUAACUUCAAAUGUUUUUAAUCACCCUAUAUACAAUACCAAUCAAUGACGUUUAUGUCGCAGGUUGAAGAAAGCAGUAAUCCCCGUCUGUUGUUUUGGACAAUGGUGGCAACUGCCUUAGAACACUAAAUUAAAUAAUUAUGCAAUCACCAAAGCAAAGUUUAUAAUAUUUGAUUAAACUAAAGGCGCAUAAUAAAAUUUUCAUAACGUUAGAUAGAGCACCAUAGCAAUCUCAUUUAUUAUCAAUUUAUAGUUCUCUUUGUAGUUUUCUUUUAAAGCGUUCACAUAUAACAGGUCAAAGACUUUGAGAUCGACCCUUUUUUAUUGGUAGUGUAAAGCUCGAAUGAAGAGUACUCCC